UUGGCCAAGAGAGGAUGUCUUGACGCGCGUCCGCUCACCAACACACUUGCGAAGAGAGUCCAGAUCAGUCAUCAGUGCAGAGCCAAAGGACUCGGCCAUAUCCAUUACCCAACGCUUGGUUGGAUUUGCGAUUUGCUACUUGCUACUUGCUACGUUCUACGUGCCACUUGCGAUCUGCAACUGCCACAUUCGAUACGCUGCCAAUCCUGGUGACGCAGCAGCGACGCGAUCAGCUCCCGAUUUCAUGGCACUAAUGAUGUCGCGUCGCCCACAACAACAACAGCAACUGCAGCUUCCACUAGCGUCAUCGAAUCCGUUCCACAAGGAGACGCGCGUUUCACCUGAGCGUGUGUGCGGUUACGCGUGUGUGUGUGCCUGUGUCUAAUUUGCGUAUCCGCGCCACUAAAUCGUAAUAACAACAACAACAACAGCAACAAAAUAUAGAAAAUCAAAUCAAGAAAUAUAACCGGCCGCCCCAGUAAUCGAAUUUGUAAUCGAGCAACCCCAUUAUCGCGGUCACAAAUUGCAAUCAAACAAAUCACAGCGAACCAUCCAAAUUGCAAUUAAUGCCAAAGCGCCUGCAUCUGGCUGCAUAAAAGAAAUACGUGAACUGUAGCGUCAGUGAUUAGAACUUUGAAUCGCCAGCGAGAUGGACUUCCAGAGCGCCAUGGAGACCUUCGCGGAGGCCUGGGUGGCAGCCAAUGCCGGUCAGCAGAGUCAGGCCUUGGCCUUAACCAGAGCUGCCAACGCGGCCGCCGUUGUGGCCGCGGCCAAUGCCAAAUCGCCGAAUGCCUCAUCCGCCUCAGCCAGCCUGGCCGACUUGGCCGUCAAGAAGGAGCACUCACUGUCGCCGCCCCACAGUGUGGGUGUGGGUGUGGGUGUGGGUGUGGGCGUUGGCGUGGGCGUGGGCGUGGCUGGCGAGGAUCAGCACCGCAGAGCCUCGCUGCAGGGUGUCCAGGAGAAGCUCACCCAGCUGCAGAUGCAACAGCAACAUCACCAGCAGCAGCAGCAGCAUCAACAGCAGCAACAUCACCACCAGCAACAGUCGCAACAGGCGGGCGGAGUGGGUGGCGAGGUGGCUGGGCGCAGGUCCUCCGAGGGCACCCCACCCAGCGGCCAUCCGCCGGCGAAUUCAGAGGGCCAGGCGCUCUCCUCCUCCACAGCCUCAUCUAGUCAGAAUGCCACCCCUAAGAGCGAUCGGGAAAGGGAGAGGGAAAGGGAGCGAGAGGAGCGUGUGGAGCGGGGCAGCAUAUCAUGCCUCCCACCGGCCGCCCUUGGAAUGGCCGUGGGCGUCCAGCAGGCCCAGCAGCAGGCGGAGAAGCUCCUCAGCCAUCCGGCCUUGGACUCGCGAAGGGAGUUCGACGUCAGCAAAGUGAAUCCCAAAUCACUUCCACUUCACUGUGUGGUGGAGUCGGUGCACUCGCUGCACGCCUCCCUCACCAUCGACAGUCGGCAGCCCUGGAAGCGGAGGCCCAACAUCGAGACGGACAGCUACGUGAUCAUCGCCGCGGCCACGCCCUGGAGCGAGAUUGUCCAGACGGCCCUCCAGAGAUUGGGCUACUCGCAGGAGGUGGCCAACACGGCCAGAGGCUCUUUAAUUAUCAAACACUGGAAGCCCAUACCCCUAGAGCAGAUAUCGGACAACCCAGCGGUGCCGGUCAGCGAUAUUGUGGGCGAACUGACCUCGGUGAUCACCCUGAGGAUCGUGAUCUUGCGACCCAAGACAUCGCCCUUCGGCGAGAUCAAGGACAAACUGCUCAAAUUGCUGGUCCUGCAGUCGCAUGCGGUACUCCGCUCCACAGGAUGUCCGCUGGAUGAGGUGACGCUGUCACAGAUCUGCCGGAGUUCCCACCAGAACACGUAUGCUUUGCCCGGAGGUGAGAUCUCCGACGAGCUGCGCCGCAAGUUCGACCAGUGGUGGUCCAACCAGCUCUCUCCGCAGGCGGCGGCCAUGGCGCCCAAGAUGCUGCCGUUCAUGACGGGUCCGUCGGCGGUGCCCGUUCCGGUGGCAGUGCCCGGCGAGAUGGACUUUCCGGUGGGCACGGCCAUGGCGGCGGCGGCCGCUGCUGCGGCUCAUGCAGCCGCUGCUGGCGGGGCGGCCGGCGGCAAUCCGCUGGGAUCAAUGGGCAGUCGGGAGAGCCUUUUGCUGGCCAACGAGGUGGCUCAUCAUGCGGGCGCUGGGCAGGCGCCGGGGGCGGGACACCAUGCCAACAUGCUGGUGCAUCCCAUGCACGCGUCCAUGCACCACCAUCACCACCAUGGCGGUGGCGGUGGCCAUGGACCGCCAUAUCCCAACCAGAAGACUCGCAUGCGCACCAGCUUCGAUCCCGAAAUGGAGCUGCCCAAGCUGCAGAAGUGGUUUGCCGACAAUCCGCAUCCGUCGCGCCAGCAGAUCCAGACGUAUGUGGUGCAGCUGAAUGCUUUGGAGUCGCGCAGGGGCCGCAAGCCGCUGGACGUGAACAACGUGGUCUAUUGGUUCAAGAACGCUCGGGCGGCCCAGAAGCGGGCCGAGAUGCGGGGCGGCAGCUUGGGCAGUGCGAUGAGUGCUUUGGGCCAUGCGGCCAUGAAUGGCUACCUCAGCCAGCAUGCCCCCUUGGGUCAGAACUCCAGCAGCAGUGCCGGCAGCCAGCCCAUGAGCAUGGGCAACCUGUCCAUGUCGCACGACUAUCUGAAGAGUCCGCUCAGCCUGAAGUCGGAGGACAUCGACACCAUGUCGCAACACUCCGAUGACAUGGACGAGGAGCAGAGCCGGCCGAACACGCCGCAGCUGCCGCUUUCGUUGACCACCCACGAACGGCACCGCACGUCCCCGCUGAUGGACGACGACGAGGAGGAGGCGGGGGACCAGCAACAGCAGCAGCAGCAUCAGCAGCAGCAGCAGCAACAGCAGCAGCAUCAGCAGGAGGCCAAAAGCGACGGCAUGAAUGGCAGCUUGAAUGAGGAGGAGCGCCAUGAAAAGUCACGGGAUGAGCUGCAGGACAACGAAAAGGAGAAUUCCGGGGCGGAGGAUCGCCACCAGGACAGCGAUCCCCAGAUGGAGGGCAGCUCCAGCCUCAACAACAACAACAACCACAACAACAGCGGCUCGCACAAUGACCCCGAGGUGAGCUCUACGCCCAAACGCUCCACGCCCAAGGAGGAGGACGACGACCUGGACAUGGACGAGGACGAGGAGGACAACGAGAACGAUGCCAGCCACCUGGACGAGUUCCGAUCGCCAUCGCCGGACCUCGCGGGCGGCGUUGUGCCGCACAAGGACCAGCUGCCCUUUCCCAUGGUCCCCAACUCGAUGUUCUCGCAGUCCUUCAUGUACAUGAGCCACUACAUCCCGGCCUUUGGCCAAGCGACCGCCGGACAUCCGCACCACCAUGCGGCGGCUGCUGCCGCUGCAGCCGGAAUCCAGCCAAACGCCCUCAUGGGCGGCGGCGGUCUCAACCUGUCGAGCAUCUCGAACGAGGAGCGCCGCAAGCGGAACCGCACCUUCAUCGAUCCGGUCACCGAGGUGCCCAAGCUGGAGCAGUGGUUCGCCAUGAACACACAUCCCUCGCACAACCUCAUCCUCAAGUACACCGAGGACCUGAACACCAUGCCAUAUAGGCAAAAGUUCCCGCGUCUGGAGAGUAAGAAUGUGCAGUUCUGGUUCAAGAAUCGACGGGCCAAGUGCAAGCGACUCAAGAUGUCGCUGUACGACAGCAAUCAGUGCGCCCAGUUGGGCGGACUCGGCUCGUUUGUGCCCAAGUACGAGGAGCGGGACUAGGCAGCAGGCAACUGAGCAGCCGGAAAGCGGAGUUUGAAAUCAAAAUUAGCAGCAUUUCUUCUUGUAAAUAGUUGAACGAGAGACACACACACAUCCACACACAACCCAAUUUAAGCAGCUGAAAUCUGUGGCUGCAGCUAUGACAAAUACUAUAACAGAUACGAUAGCUCAUAAAUAUGUAAUCCCCUAGUUUAGUCAACUCUAAGUAUUAUAGAACGAGAGAACUAACCCAGUUACGCGUUAUCAGUUGCCCAGGAGCAUCUAGCGAAAAUUAGAGCAAAUAGAUAAAGCCACCUUACGAGUAAUACGAUCUUGCAUGAACCAGUAUGACUAAUUUAUAGCUCCAGAGAGCCCUAACCCUACCCAGUAUACAACUCUCUGCAUCUAUGUAUGUAUUUCCACCUAGUUCUUAGCCAUUGACAUAGAAGAAGGGCGGCACAAUUUUAGUGGCCAGCUCAUUAAGAAUAAGCAAACCAAAGAAAGCCAAUUUUCGAACUGCAAACUGCGAUCUGUAUAUAAUGUAUGUUAUCCUAGGUACGCAUUCUUUGAGCAUUGUGAAUUUUGUUUCGGCUUUAGUUGCAUUUGUAUCCGCAGUAUGAUAAGUUACCGUUUAAGUUUGAGUUCAACCAGUACGUUUAGUUAUCCUGCCUUAUUUGAGAAGCCCCUCCCUUCCCAAGCCUAGCACAUAUCCCUUUCGAUCCAUGCACACGGAUAUCGCAUAUAGAAUGUAUAACAUACGAUUCGUUGCUUUCGAAGUCUUGGUAUCUAAUACCAACCCCCAAAAAUUCCAGCGACCCAAUCAGCUUCGCUUCGGAUGAAACCUUUCGUUGCUAUCCACUCCAUUUCGAGCGUUUCGAAAGAAACACAUACACAUAACUAAAUCUACACACUGAAAUAAAAAUGUUUUAUAAAUUGUUCCAUUAGUUUCGUAAGCCUUCAGAUAGAUAAUAAACUUAAUUCAAAUAAUAUUGUAAUUUAUUGCAAGCAUCAAUACACCGACACACAGACACACAACAUAGACAGAGCAACAGAAAAACAGAGAAAAACAUCUACACAUCUUUAUAUAUAAUAUAAAUAGACAUAUAUUCCCCUGCAAUUAUUAAAUGAUUAAAUAAAUACAAUUUUAAAUGUCAAAUUCAAA